GCUUGCUGCUUGAUUGGGUGUUGUAGUGCAUUUAUUUUCAAGGUAUUCUCGUGGAUAUUAAAUAUUAUAAAUACUACACACGUUUCAAUUCCAUUUUAACUAUCGCACAUAUCUGACUGACUUUUACUACAAUGGCUCAACGGGAAAAGCGUGCCAAUGCCGGAAAUCGAAUGGCAAAAUUACUUGACGAAGAAGAGGAAGAUGAUUUCUAUAAAACAACUUAUGGAGGGUUUCAAGAAACGGAAGAAGAUAAAGAUUAUGUUGAAGAAAAGGAAGCAGACGACAUUGUAGAUUCCGAUUUUGAUAUUGAUGAAAAUGAUGACCCAGUUUCUGAUCAAGAAAUUGAGGAAAAAAGGAAACGUGCUGUUGGCACCAAGGCAUAUAAGGAUCCCAAGAAAAAGAAAGCAGCUGCACCCAGAAAAGAAGUAGUAAAGAGAGUGAAAGAAGAUAAACCGGAGAAAUCUAAAUCUGACAAGAAAGAUGGAGACUCUGAAUACUUGUUAAAUGACUCAAUAGGACGAAAAUCUAUAAGAAAAAGUACAGCAGUAAAAUCUUUGGAAACACAGCAGAGGAUAAAAAUAAGAUCUGAAUUGAAGAAGAAGAAACCAAAAAAAGUAGAAGAAAAAAUGCCAUCACAAGAGGAAUUAUUAGAAGAAGCACUCAUAACUGAACAGGAAAACUUGAAGAGCUUGGAACGGUUUGAGCAGAUUGAACUUGAAAGGAAAAAAGUAAGACCAACUAAAAAGGCUAUUGUAGGUCCAGUAAUCAGAUAUCAUUCGUUUGCCGUGCCAAUCGAAUCAGAAGAGCCUGACAACUUAGUUACAGAUAUCACUUUGAGUGAUAUCAUUAAAAGUGAAGAAGGUUUAAUAACACCCUGCGACAUAGACAUGGAAGAGGUACCAGUUGUGGACACGCCCAAGCCGGAGGAGGCUAAGCCUGAGAUGAACCCCGACACAGACAGCAUGCCAAGCCUGAAUCCCACCAAGAUCGAGAUAGACGUCAUUGGACCCGAUGACGAGUUCAAAAUCGACGAUGUUGUUACAGAAGUGAAGCCGAAGAAAGCCAAGGCUUACGUCAAACCAAAACUGGCCUACGAACGGACACUUCUCAUCUUCGACAACGAUCUAAAAGACAAGGCGUUCAAGAAAUGCUAUCGACUGAACAAGCCCAGGAGAAGACAAGAUAUGCUGUGUGCUGUCACGAAGAAACCAGCUCGCUACAUAGACCCGAUCACAAAGCUGCCUUACAGAAGCGUAGACGCGUUCCGGAUUAUUCGCGAGGCUUACUACCAACAGCUGGAGGCCAGAGGGGACCGGAACGACCCCAAGCUGCAAGCCUGGCUCAAGUGGCGGCGGGCAGAUUCGGCCUCCACUUAUGUGCAGAUACAUAUCAAGUAAUAUUUAAAUAUUUAAUUUAUUUUUUUGGUACUGGUAAAUUA